AUGAGAAAACAUACAGGAGAGACAUGCUUUCAGUGUGAGGUUUGUAAUUAUGCAGGUAACUCUGCUUCUGCUUUCAAGAGACAUAUGAGAGUGCAUACAGGAGAGACAAGUUUCCAAUGUGGUGUUUGUGAUUACACAUGUAUUGAAAGCAGUUCUUUAAAGAAACACAUGAAAAUCCAUACUGGAAAUGGAUUAUACACAUACAACGUUUGUAGUUAUGUAACUAUUGAUGGAAGUAAUUUCAGGAGACAUACAAGAAAACAUCUGGAAAACAAAUCAUUUAAAUGUACUUCCUGUAGUUACGCGUCUUGUUAUUCAGGUGACUUGAGAAGACAUAUGAGAAUGCAUACUGGAGACAAAUGUUUUAAAUGUGAUGUUUGUGACUUUGCAAGUACUUACAGCAGUGGUUUGAAGAGACAUAUAGAAACAAAACACUACAAAUGUGAUAUAUGUAACUUUGCGUGUAUUCGUAGCAAUGAUUUAAAGCUUCAUAAUGAGACAAAACAUAAAGAAGAGAAGUCAUAG